CCAUUAAAUAUUGGUUCCGAUGAUGCUAUUUCAAUAAAAGAAUUAGCUUAUAUUGCAUUCGAAACUAUCGGAAUAGCGAAAGAACAGAUUAGGUUGAUAACAGAAGAGAAUAAACCUGUUGGUGUAAAAAAUAGAAAUUCGGAUAAUACACUUAUUAGUCAAGUUCUUGGAUGGUCACCUAAAACCUCACUUCGAAAAGGUAUGGAAAAAACGACAACAUGGAUAAAAAAUGAGAUCGAAAAAGAGCUUAAUAAAUGUAAAAAUGAGCCAACGAGAAAAGAGUUGAAAGAGAGUUACAGAAAUAGCAACGUAACGAAAAUAUUAGAUGAAGGGAUUAAAUUCGGAAUUCUUCUUCCGAUUACUUCUCGCGGGCUGGAAAGCCCUGACGAUUAUCUUUAUCACCUACGUAAUUUCAUCCAGAGCGUAUAUGAAACAACACAAAUAAAUAUUGCGGGUAUAAACGGUAUUAAAUUUUCGGUAAAGUUCUUUAUAGGAAUUGAUAAGGACGACCAUCCUAUUGAGAAUAAUGUAGUCGAACAAAUACUCAAGGAAUACGGAUUUAUUGAUGUAGAAAUGCGUGAGUUUGAUCUGCCCUCAGGAUCCAUAUGUAAAAUUUGGAACGACUUAGCAAUAAAUGCGUAUAAUCAGAUGUGUGAUUAUAUAGUACUAUUUGAUAACGGCAUUAUAAUUGAGAGUACUAAUUGGAUGUCAAAAAUUCAUGAAGAAUUUGUGAAAAUUUCAAAUGAGAAAAAAGUACCAUACGGUUUCGGGAUGGUUACAUUCACGGAAACAACGUCUCCAGGACUUCCAAAAUUUCCAGUAAUAUCACGACUUCAUAUUGAUAUAUUUAAUGGUAUACCAUUUCCACAAGUAUUUACCAAUCAGGAUGCCACUAGCUCUUUCCUUUUUCAAUUAUAUCGUCGAUUUGGCUGUUCUGUAAUGUCAAAAAGGAUCAAACUAAUGAAAAUUAUAGAAAGUAGUAAAAAACAACAGUACGAAAAUGAUUGGAGUUUUUCUAUUUUGGAUAAUGCUGUAUUAUCCGUUGAAAAAUGGAUGCAAAACACAAUCGAAAAUCCUAUACCUAAACUCCUUACAAUAGAUAUAGUAGUACCAACAUAUAGGGUUCUAUUACAAUUUUUAGAGCCUAUAAUCCGGCUUAAAAGAUCUAAAACUGCAUCUACAUCAAUAAUAAUGGUUGUGGACGAUCCAAAUUCGCCAAAUAUUCCAGAUCUAAAAAAAUAUGAACAUGACGAAUUCGUUAGAAUUAUUGUACAUGAAAAAAAUCUUGGAGCAAGUGAAGCAAGAAAUAGAGGACUAAAAGAGUCAUGCGCGGAUUACGUUUUCUUCAUAGACGAUGAUUUAUUUGUAGAACCAGAUAUGUUAAUAGAAGCUGAGAGAAUAAUCCGAAAAUUUCCAAAAGCUUGCGGAUUCGUCGGAUGUACGAAAUUCCCGGAUCCAACCAAUGCUAUUUUUACAAGCGCCGUAAAAAUGUCAGGAUUAGUUUCUUCUUUUGACGUUGCUGAACGUAUUGAGGAGGAUAUUCCAUGGGGAAUAACAGCAAACCUAAUAGUUCGUCGUUACAAAGAUAAUAUUGAGUUCAAUACUAUAUUCCCGAAAACGGGAGGCGGUGAAGACAUUGAUUUUUGUCUGCAAAAAAGACAUUUUUUCAAACGAAAUAUUCAAGGCAGUGAAGGUUUCCGUGGAGCACCCUUGGUAAGGGCAGUACAUCCUUGGUGGAAUAACGGGAAAAGGUCAUAUCGUAGAUUUGCAACUUGGGGAUAUGCAGACGGACUAUUAAUUAAAUUGUACCCAGAGUAUUCGUAUAAAGACGGUUUCCCCGAUGACCCGGAACGUUUAUUAAUGCUCUUGUCUCUUCUUACAAUUUUCCUUUUUACAAAAAUUUUUAUAAGUAAUCAAAUGUUAAAUGAGCUAAUUCUCGUAACGAUUAUCUCAAUACCAUUAGUAGUUGUCGCGAAUAUACUUGUCACUGUGACCCGCUUAGUGAUUUUAGAACCGGAAUCAAAUGUUCCAGAAUUAAAAGGAUAUCGUCGCGUAAUUGCAGCAUCAGAAACAGUAAUCAUACGACUAGCCGCGAAUUUAGGAAAAUUAUAUGGAUUACUGAGUAGAAAAGAUUGGGAUUAUAUUGGAUGGAGGUUCGACUAUCAGACUGGUAGAUUCGGUGAUCGUUUUAAAAACAUUACAAGGCAAAGUUCGAAGACUACUUUUAGUUUAUGGGUCCUUCUUGUCCUACUUACAUUUUCUUAUAUAAGAUUUAAUACCCAUAAAUUAGAAAGAAUAUUAGAAUAUGAUGAGAAUAUAUUGAGAAAAGUCACAUUAGUAAUUGAUAGUUAUGAAUAUUGGAGAAAUAUAGCUUAUGAUAAAGACCAAGUAAUACUUUUACAACUUUCUGAACAUUUUGACGCGGAUAGUUAUGAACAAGCAGUUCAAACUAUCCGAAAUACUUUAUUGGAAAUGUUUCUACGAGCGAAACCGACUAUAGUCGUCAACAACUCUUAUGAAGAUGAACAUAAUUUAGGUUUUUCCAAUAAUGAGAUUGAUGAUGAAGGUACAAAAAAAUUAGAGGAUGCUCUCUGUAUAAAUAAUUUAUUAACUUCUUUAGUUCUUAGUGAUGGAAGAGUUAAAAGCGUUAGUUACAAAAAUACUUUAUCUUAG